AUGAUACAGCACAAGAAGAAGAAGAAGAAGAAGAAGAAGAAGAAGAAGAAGAAGAAGAAGAAGAAGAAGAAGAAGAAGAAGAAGAAGAAGAAGAAGAAGAAGAAGAAGAAGAAGAAGAAGAAGAAGAAGAAGAAGAAGAAGAAGAAGAAGAAGAAGAAGAAGAAGAAGAAGAAGAAGAAGAAGAAGAAGAAGAAGAAGAAGAAGAAGAAGAAGAAGAAGAAGAAGAAGAAGAAGAAGAAGAAGAAGAAGAAGAAGAAGAAGAAGAAGAAGAAGAAGAAGAAGAAGAAGAAAGAAGAAGAAGAAGAAGAAGGAAACAAAGAAGGGCCUACAAGGCCGCAAGCACAAAGGAAAGGGGAGGUCCUGGCAAUCCCCGGCCAUCAUCUUGCAAGGGCAAAGAAGACGACAAACCCUACAAACCCCUUGAGAUCAAAGGGGAUCGACGUCAAAGGGGAUCAAAUCAUCAAUACAGUUUGAGAGUUUGGUCCCAUCCUAGGACGAAUGAAUCCAUGUACUCUAGCGGCGAUCUUACUUUCAUCGUGCUAUUAA